GUCUCAGAGUCUCAGAGUCUCCGGACAGAAGCAGAAACAUGUCCGUGCUGCUGCUGCUGCUGCUCGGCGUCUUCACCCUGAUCCUGUGCGUGCUCGGCGGCAGAAAGAGGAGAAACGGAGAACCUCCGCUGAUAACAGGCUGGAUUCCUUUCAUUGGGAAAGCUCUGGAGUUUGGAAAAGAUGCCCAUAAAUUUCUGGAAGAACAUAAGAAGAAGUUUGGAGACAUAUUUACAGUCCAGAUAGCAGGUAAAUACAUGACCUUCAUCAUGGACCCUCUGAUGUAUCCAAACAUCAUCAAACAUGGCCGCCAGCUGGACUUCCACGAGUUCUCCAACAAGGUGGCGCCCGUCACCUUCGGCUACCCGCCCGUCAUCAAGGGGAAGUUCCCGGGCCUGCAGGAGCAGGUCAAACGCUCCUUCAAGCUCCUCCAGGGAGACAACCUCCAGCUGCUGACAGAGAGCAUGAUGGGUAAUCUAAUGCUGGUGUUACGGCAAGACCACCUGGACCCGAGGCUGGAGGACCACCUGGACCCGAGGCCGGAAGACCACCUGGACCCGAGGCCGGAGGACCACCUGGACCCGAGGCCGGAGAACGGGGGCGGCUGGAGGACAGGCAGCAUGUACGACUUCUGUAUCUCGGUGAUGUUCGAGGCUACCUUCCUCACCAUGUACGGCAGGCCGGCGGCCGCUCGGCGCCACAGCGGGAUGAGCGUGAUGAGGGAGGACUUCGUCAGGUUCGACAACAUGUUCCCGCUGCUCAUCGCUCAGAUCCCCAUCUGGCUGCUGGGGCGGACCAAGGCCAUCCGAGAGAAGCUGAUCAGCUGCUUCCUGCCGCAGAGCAUGUCCUGCUGGUCCAACACGUCUCAGUUCAUCAGGGAGAGAUCGCGGCUGUUCGAUCAGUACGACUCGCUGAAGGACUUCGACAAAGCAGCUCAUCACUUUGCCAUCCUCUGGGCGUCCGUGGGGAACACCGUCCCCGCCACCUUCUGGGCGAUGUACUACCUGGUGAGUCACCCCGAGGCUCUGAGCGUCGUGCGCCAGGAGAUCCAUGAUGUCCUUCAGCUAAGCGGCGUCGAGUUCGGCAGCGACCGAGACGUUACGCUCAGCAAAGACCAGCUGGAGAAACUCUGCUACAUGAACAGCUCCAUCAGCGAGAGCCUCCGCCUGUCCUCGGCCUCCAUGAACAUCCGCGUGGCUCAGGAGGACUUCAGUCUGCGUCUGCAGGGCGAGCACUCAGCGGAAGUCAGGAAGGGAGACAUCAUCGCCCUGUACCCUCAGAGCAUGCACAUGGACCCCGAAAUCUACGAGGAGCCACAGACGUUCCGGUUCGACCGCUUCGUGCAGGACGGCCGAGAGAAGACGGACUUCUUCAAGGACGGACAGAAGCUGAAGUAUUACCGCAUGCCGUUCGGCUCGGGCUCCUCCAAGUGUCCCGGACGCCACUUCGCCGUCAACGAGAUCAAACAGUUCCUGUGUCUGAUGCUGCUGUACUUUGACAUCGAGCUGGAGGAAGGGCAGAGCAGAGCCACUCUGGACUCCAGCAGAGCCGGACUCGGCAUCCUGCUGCCGACCACAGACGUCCGCUUCCGCUACAGACUGAGAGCAGCUUAACCGAAACAGUCAAAGGUCCCUCAUUUCAAAUGUAAGUGUCACUGUUGCAGCUUCUCAAUGCAUUGUGGGAAAGCAGGAAACACAGGAUGGACCAGAGACGUGAGAAAGGGAAGACAGCUUUUCUAAUUAAAACCCUCAAAAUGUUGAUAUUCUUCAUAACUUUUUAUUCUUUGGAGCAAAACUUUGACAUGUUCAAUAACACUGUGUUCAGUAGCAGAUAAUAAAGCAGCACUGUACAAUAAGACUCCACUUAUAAAGGAUUUAUAAUGGUUGUAAGUGAGUUGUUAAUUAGACUGUAAACACUUCAUAAAGCAUUAAUUAACAGUUAUAAAUGAGUUAUAACCCUAUUUCCCAUUCAUCAGUGCAGGGUCACUAUGUCUGCGAUACUACUGUGUUUAUAUCAUCCAUCCUUAUAUCCUCCGUCCUUCCUUCCUUUCCUUCCUCCCUUCCUUCUUUCCUUUCCUUAAACAUCUGGGUUAAAUAGUCAGUCAGAUUCUACCCCAUCUAUCUCAUAUCAUUGUGAGCAUUAAUUUAUGAGUUAUAGAUAUUUAUGACUGCUAACAGGAGCUUUAUAAAGUGGGAAACACUUCUAACUGCUAACAGUGAGGCUUGUUUUAAAGUUUAAUACACUCAAACAUUUAUGAGUUACUAAUAUUAACAUUUACCAUUUUUGAGAUGAAAUGCAAAGACAGAUGAAACACAAUCAUACUAAACUGUUUAUUCACUCAUUAAUAAACAGUGAUGACUUUUAACACACUUUACAAUAAGGAUCCUUUUACUCAUGAAUAAAUAAAUGCUCAUAGUUUGAUGCUCAGAAACAUGAAGAGAAACUGAAACCAAAGAUGCUGCCUGAUAAAGGAAACGCUGAGAAUACAGAUACAUAUGGGAUCACUAUUUGAGUUAUAAUAACAGCUUAGUAAUGAUUUAGAAAGUGUUCACAACCUAAUUAACAAGCCAGUUAUAAACCAGUUAUAAGGAGGCUUGUUGUAAAGUGGAGCUGAUGAUCCAGAGGUAGAAUACUGUACGAACUGAUCCGUCCGUCAGGCUGCAAACUGAACUCUAACUACAUCAUGUUGUGUUAUUACUGUUUGUCUCUGCUGUUAAUGAACACACGCUCGUAGUGCUGCUGCUGAACUGGACGGUGUUCCUAUUAUUUUGUCCAUCACAUUAACAUACAACCAUUGUUUUAAAUGUCUAUGGAAUCAGACGGCAGCUCUUAAAAUAUAACUACUCACCCGAUGAAACUGUGUUUUAUAUGUUUAUGAUGUGACCCACAGCAGUGAACUACGUGCUGCUUUCAUGCUCUGCUGUUCAGUCACUAAUCGAUCUUCAUCUUUACUGACUGAGAAUUAAUGUAAAUGUUUUUUUACAUAGUUUUAUUACUGGAGAAUUUAACGUCUGUACAGUCAACUUUAAACUAAACAUGUAAAAUGAGAAUAUUCUUUUAACCUUCCUGUCGUCCUCCAGGGUCAAAUUGACCCCGUCUGUUUUGACUUCCUCCUUUCCUUCCUUCUUCCUCCCUUCCAUCCUUCCUCCCUUCUAUCCUUCCUUCCUCCUUUCCUCUCUUCUUCCUACCUUCCAUCCUCCCUCCUUCCUUUCCUUCCUUCUUCCUUGACUCGAGGACAACAGGAGGGUUAAAUGUUUUUUGUAAUUUAGACAGAAACUGUAUGUUUCCUGUAUUCAACUGUCAAAGUUAAACACUAACAAGCAGAGUGAAUCUAAUGUUGAACUUUGUUGUUUUAUUGAUGCAGUUUUUUUUCUUGUAUGAUGUAAUUUUUGAUUUUAGAUCAUUUUCAGAUCCACAAAAUCUAAAAUAGACCAAAUAGAAAUCUGCAGAUCUCAAACACUGCAGCAAGAAAGCUCAGAAGAACUAAAAACACUAAAUAUUAACAGUACUUCUGUGUUUUAACUGUUUUAAAGAUGAUUUAUAACAUCUGUAAUCCUGAUUUAUGCUGCAGUUUAAAGACUUUUAUCUUCACUCUGUUGCCUUUAAUAGCUGCUAAUACUCUGACUCUGUUUUAAUUCAAAUGUUCUUUUAUACCUUUUAAAAUCUUUAUUUUUCUUUGCUGUUUCGUGUAAAGCACUGAAUUGUCUCUGUGUGUAAAACCUGCUUUAUAAAUAAACAAAGUGGACUGAAGUCAGCAUAGACAGCACCAAUAACUCAGAGUAUUGAUCUAUUAUAAUCAUUAUUAUAUUAGUUCUGUUGCAUCUUCCCUCCAUAAGAAGAAUAGACUUCAGGCUGAGGAAGAAUCUCAGCGCCAUCUUGUAUUUUACAAGUGUUUAAGUUCAGUGUUUGCCGUCGACUCUUCCUGAUGAACCAUCGAGACGUUUCCACCAGGUGGUUCAGACUGGGACUUUCUGAUCACAUUUUGAGUACUGAAAAAGGAUUUCACUGUUUUUUUUACCUUCAUCUAGACGACAUUAGCUGAGUCUGCAGCUGCUGGUUUGAGGAUUAAGGGAAGAAGGUUAAUACUUUAUAAUCAGGACGAUAUAUCCAGUAACUGUUCUGUUGUGUAAAAUGUCUAAACAGUGAAAAUCGUGUCAUUACAACGUUUACAAACUGAUAUUUAUCAUCAGUCAGAACAGUGAAAGAUGUUCCGUUAAAAGAUGAAACUAAACGAGGCUAAAUGAC